CCCAUAGAAGGUCAGACAUCUAGAGGGACACACAACAAGAGUGAACCUAGGGACAGUGAGGAACCAGUGUGAAACCCUGAAGCUUCUCUUACAAGAUCAUUUCAAGCAAGGGCUGAUAGCCAUGCCUGGGUGAGGCCCUGAAGUCACAGCUGCAUCACAAUGUCCAAAUGUCCCAGCAGCAGGGAAAAGCCCACGGUACCCAGAGGGGCCCACAACACUUUGCAGAGGGGGAGGGAGGAAGAGGAGGACUGUGGCCUCCCUCAGAGACACCAGAAAGGGACAUGUUUAAGCUAGAUCAACUGAUCCUGAAUAAACACACUUGGGAUCGACCACAGAUGCCCAGACUGUCACCAGGGAGCACGUAAACCUUGAGUGACUGGAGCCUUCCACCCUGCUGUUUCCAGAACCCUGAACCAGGUGUCUCCAGGUCACCACCACGAGAUGGACAAAACCCCCCUCAUCUGUGACUAUGGUUCUGGCUUCAGUAAGGUGGGCUUUGCAGGAGCUCAGGCCCCUCGGGCUGUCUUCCCCACUAUCCUCGGAAAAAUGAAACAUACCAAUGUGCUAGAGGGGUUGGAAGAAAAAGACUGGUUCAUUGGAGCUGAGACCCAGAGUAAUCGAACAGAGCUGAAUAUGUACUACCCCAUCUCCCGGGGAGUCAUUACCAACUGGGACAAUGUAGAGAAGAUUUGGCAUUACUCCUUCUACCACUCUCUCCAAAUUGCCCCUGAGCAGCACCCUAUUUUGAUAACAGAGGCUCCAUUAACCAGCAAGGAAGCUAAAUCCAGAAUGACUCAGAUCCUAUUUGAAACCUUCAACUUCCCCGCCCUGUACACGGCUAAUCAAGCGGUCCUCUCCCUUUACGCCUCUGGCAGAAUCUCUGGAACAACUAUUGAAUCUGGAGACGGGAUGACCUACUUCGUGCCCAUCAUGAAUGGCUAUCCUUUGCACCUGUCAACCACCAAACUGGACAUAGCUGGCCAAGACCUGACUCUGUACCUCAUGAAACUGCUGUCAGACAAUGGGAAUGUGUUAGAGACCAUAGCUGACUUCGAGUACAUCCGAGACCUGAAAGACAAAUACUGCUAUGUGGCGCUGGACUAUGAACGGGAGAUGACAAAAACUUCAGCACCCUCCUUCCAGAAGAAAUUCACGUUGCCAGAUGGCAAGGAAAUCAACCUAGGGCAGGAGGCUUUCAUGUGCUCAGAGGCACUCUUCAACACCAGCCUCCUGGAGAGAACCAAGCCAGGAAUCCACAUGCACACCUUGGAGAGUAUCAUGUCCUGUGAGAAAUCCCACUGGAGGACUCUAUUCAGUUAUAUUAUACUGUCUGGUGGCACCGGUGCCUGCUCUGGCCUACAAUUCCGGCUGAAGAAAGAGAUGGCAAAGCUGGUCUCUCCGGACUUCUGUUUGAAGGUGGUUACCUCUCCAUAUGCCAAAUAUGGUGCCUGGAUAGGUGCCUCCAUCUUGUGUUCUCUCCCUAUGUUCAAGGACAUGUGGAUCACAAACCAUGAGUAUUUGGAAAUUGGCCCUUCUGUGAUAUGUAGAAGAAGCUUCUGACUGGUGGAUUUCAGGUUCAUCAUCUGGGCCAACAUCACCAUACCUAGGCUGAACCUUCACCAUUCUGAGCAGGGCAUAAUCAAAACAAGCUCACAGCAAGGGCCCCAUUCUCCUGUAGGACAGUAAAAGUGUGUAACAGCA